AUGGCGCCGACCUGACAUGCCUAGAAUCAUGGGAUAUUGUACCACGACCGCUUUGUCUCGAUCAAUUACAUCGCUUUCGCUCGAGUUUCAGAAUUCUAGAAGAACUAGUUUUCAAGAUCGAAAUGCACCUAUACACCAUCCUCGACUGGAUUGAACGUGACGUUUUUGAAUGGUUGGUCAAACUAGUACGCGGCGCUGCGGUUCUGCAUGCGUUCAGAUGACUUAUAUCCGCUGCAACAAAGGUCGUGGUUGUGUCUAUACAACGUGAGCGCAUGCGAGCCUCACCGUCCGAACAGGCCCCGUCCUUCAUCAUGAAGUCAGAAGAUACCCUCGCUCUGCUAGACUUGCUAGAAACAAGUGUUUCGAUUGUAAUCGGCAUUGUCGAGUGGUCCCGACAAGCGGCAUGGCUCUACGACCACGUAGAGGCUGGGCAGGCAUUGGGGGAUCAGUGCUCCCCUCUUCAUCGUUGGCUCAUGUGCCAAUCUGUUCCAAACGACAUCACCGCAGAAUUCCUUGGGUGCCCCUGUCUGACACAUGAGAACCGCCUCUUAAGCAUUAACAUGCAUCUGCCACCUCUUGCCCACAACACAAGCGACCUACCGUCCCCACCAUCCUCGCUACAUACUCCUACUUCGCCCAGAUCCCCGGGAUCAUCGUGCGCAAACGACUCACUGUCUCCCUUGCAUCCCAACCAAACGUCUCCCUCACGCAAGCGGUCGGUUGACACGCGCACCCCCUGCUCCGUGGUCUUCGCCACUCAGAACAUGCGAAGAAGCAGCAAGCGCUCCCAUAGCCAGGAGUGUCACAUAUUCUUGGACACCUCCGCGGAUACGAUUGUCGAUAACUCUAUCUUGGCAUUUCCGGAGGGCAAAGAGCAAGCAGCAUCGUGGGAAGGCGAGGAGGACGCCGACAAGGACGCGUCAGAGGGCUGUUCGAGCAUAGUCGUCGAUGACGACUUCGCCACUUUAGUGGGAUCAGAUGAUGGGUAUGAUCUCGACCUCGAGAAACAUGGGUAUGAUUAUUGCUCGUCGACUUUCUCUGUUGACGACGAGCCCGCGAGUGACGAGGACGGCACCAGUGCUGAGCCUUCCCCGUCUUCUCUGCACGACAAGCCCUACACCCCAACGUCGUAUGCCUUCGGCGGUAUCGAGAUAUCGACAAAACUGCCCCUUUGGUCCCGAUUUUUUAAGCUUGUUCUCCCCUUCUGGAGCUCGCUCUAGCACAGUCUCGUUUCCUCUACUCCUGAUUACCCUUUACAAUUAUUUGCGCGGACGUUCGCGCGGACUCCGCACAUGUAAUAUGAUAGUUACUAGAUGUUCGAAGUACUUGAUGUGUAGCAUGUCUAAUUCUUCUGUGCUAUCACGCCUCACAUCAAGAUCGUCACCAAAGUGAAAUUGGUACUUAACAGUGUAGGCUGCUACGAACAGACUAGUCAGGCCAAUAAAUGCGUCAAUUCCAGUCAUAAUCGCGUGCGCGCCGCCUCCG